AUGUGUGACGCGUGUGGAGACAUCGAAUCACCUCUGACAACCUACUGCCGAGACUGUCUCCAUUUCAUCUGUGACUCCUGUGCUUCUUCUCAUGCUAAAAUGAAACUCUUGAUGAAAGAUCACCGUACAGUUCCCCUGGACAAGAUUGAGAACGGGACUAUCCAAAUCAAGUGGAUGGAAGAGGGCUUGUGGAGAAAGGCACACGAGUGCGAAGAGCAUGGCGGUGAGCUGCGAAGAACAUGCAAGAAACGUAUCUGCAGGGACUGUAUCGUUCUCGACCAUACCAAACCUGACCAUCACUGCACCACAGUGCAGAAGAUGUUUCAGGAAACAAAGGAGAAGUUAACAGAUCGUUUGAAAAGCUGCAAGGAAAAGGAGGAACAUGUGAGCACCAUGUUAAAUGACGUGGAUGUACGAGAAACAGGAGCAAACCAGAAGUUUCAUAAGAUGAAAGAAAUUAUUCGGGACCUGAAAUCAAAGGCUGUUGAAAAUUUGGAUAAAGCAGAGGAAGAACUUUUGCAAAAGAUUAACGUGUUGGAGGAAAAGCUUAACGUCAAACUACAAGCUUUCAGAGACAACAUGAACACAACAAAUGAAAAUCUCACGAGGGCGCAAUCAAAGGCUAAAGAGGUUGUUUCGGCAAAAGAGGUUACUGACAUAUCUAGAGGUCCCUUCUUACCUGAAGAUGUUCUCAAAGAACUCGAAGAAUUGAUCGCGUCAGAUGUCACAAUGACAAUUUCUAUGGAUCUCGUGGCUUUGAAAUCUAUGAUGAUAGAAGGUUCGAAGAUGCCAGAGCAAAUGGCGCGCUUUGCUAAGCUGUCAUUGCCGGAUAUUUGGCGAGAAACUCAGAUGCUUCCGAUUCCUCCUAAUAAAGACAUUGUGAAAAUUUUCUCCGAUGGAAACUCGAUGUACGUUGCUUGCAAGAAGGUGAUUUACAAGAAACUGUUGUCUAGCGAUGUCAACCCGUCCAUCUGGUUGAAGCUUCAACUUAAUACAAGCAUCAAACAGGUGGUAGAUGUGGCCAUGUCAAUGACGAACCAAGCCUUCUCUUUCAUUGCUGAUACCGACGCAGCUUGCACGCAACUCUACAGGUUGAAACUGGAUGAUUUCCCAACAUCUGUUGAACACACAGCGGUCCCACCAUGUCCUCUGAACCCCAGUGCAAGACUCACUGUUGAUUUCCAGUCCCGAAUCGUUGUUGCCGAUAACAAGCCAGCCAUAUCAAGUUCAAGUCAGGCAACCUCAUCAGGGUUCGAACCGGUCAGCGAAACCAAACGGCAAAAAACAACAUCCUCUGCGAUAAAUGUGAAUGCACCACCUUUCUCACCGGUUGUUAAAGGUAACUCAAAUAAGAGAGCAGUGACCUUUGGUCAGCAACACUGCUUCACUGGCACAACCUCCAACUCUCAGACAGUAUCUGCUUGCGGCAGUGUCGAGUCUCCAAGCAAGGCAGAAAGCACCCUCUCUCCUUCGGACUCGAAAGGAAGUGAAACAAGACCGGAAAUCCCCAAAGCAGGGUCAACCAUCUUCACAAUAUCCACGAAAAUCUAUAGGGGUAAACCAGAGAUAAGCUCGGCGCCUCGUCCCUUUUUUAUAGGCGAAUUCAUUAUGCCUGCGCCUGCGCUAGCUAGGUCUCAGUUAACUCAGUUAUCUCAGUUAUCAGGAGUAUCUCAGUUAUCAGGAGUAUCUCAGUUAUCUCAGUUAUCUCAGUUAUCUUCCGAUAAUUUCGAGGUUCCACUUGAUAGGGUUAGAAGCCUUGCUGCGGCGAAGACAGGUCAGUUGGUAUUCCUGCGCGGGAAUAAGAAAGCCGUCAUCAUCACUGACAAAGACGGUAGAAUCCAGCAUGAAAUCAAGGAACCUGGCAGGAUGUACUUAUCCAUCUCCUGCACAGAGAGUGACGCCCUCUUCGUCCUGUCCGCCUUCGUGGGCAGCCACAUCGUCACGCUCGCCAAGCAUUCCUUGCAAGAUGGUGGUAUUCUCGAGUACAUCAUCGACGAACUCGACGUGUCAGCAGACUUCCAGGCAGAUGAGUGGCCAGUCAUUGGUAACUAUGGAAACGACGUUGUGAUCAUGCACACGGGGGAUGGGAUUCGUGUCUUCUCGGCAGAAGAUUGGGAUAUAUUAGAUGACGAAAUAUUCAAUGACCAAGACCAAGAUGACGAUUCGGAGGACGAUUCGGAGGAGGAUGAUUAGGGUGAUGAAUAAGGAUUCCUGGUUUUAAUGGAUAUAAAAUCCAAUGCAUAUUCAGAAUAUGGAAAAAAUUUAACAAGGUAAUGAUUAUAACAGGUAAACGAUAUAUUACUUUUAUGAAUACAAUUAGAUCUCAGCCCGUGUUACCUUCAACAUUUCAGAUACAUGUAUAAUCGGUGACCAG